AUGACAUCUUUUCAAGUGGUACGUGUCUCAAUAGCCUAUAAUGCUAUUCUAGGAAGACCACUCCUGAACAAGAUCAAAGCCAUUGGGUCUACCUUCCACCUAGCCAUGAAGUUUCCAACAAGUAAUGGCGUUGGGGUCGUGCGUGGAGACCAAACAGCUGCCAGACAAUGCUAUGUUGCCAGCGUUCGGGAAAUAAAUAACGAUGUCAUGCAAAUCUCGAGGACGGAGCCCAAGACCGAGCAACAAGUCAGACUUGCUCCUGUUGAAGAAUUGAUGAAAAUCGAGCUCGAGCAUGAUAAGAAGGUGACGAUUGGUCGGGAUCUUGACGUCACCCUAGAGACAGAACUUAUUUGUUGCUUAUCUCGCAACAUUGACGUUUUUGCCUGGAAGGUUGAGGAUAUGCCAGGGAUAGACCCCAAAAUUGCACUCCACAUGCUAAACAUUAGCUCAGGGGCCAGACCAGUAAAGCAGAGGAAAAGACAGUUUGCCCCAGAACGUCGGGAGCCCGAUUGGCUUGCCAAUGUUGUUUUAGUAAAGAAGGCCAAUGGUAAGUGGAGGGUCUGCAUUGACUUCACAGAUCUUAACAAAGCAUGUCCAAAGGAUAGUUAUCCCCUACCGCGGAUUGACAACUUGGUGGAUAGCACAUCUGGACAUAAGCUAUACAACUUCUUUGAUGCAUUUUUUGGUUAUCAUCAAAUCCUCAUGGCCGAGGAAGAUCAAGAAAAGACAUCAUUCAUGGUCGAUUCCACCAUAUACUGUUAUAAGGUCAUGCCUUUCGAUUUGAAAAAUGCAGGGGCAACAUACCAAAGGCUCAUCGACAAAGUCUUUGCUAACUUGAUAGGAAGGAAUGUGGAGGCGUACGUUGAUGACAUGGUGGUCAAGAGCAAAUGGGUGGACCAGCAUAUUUCAGAUAUUGAAGAGGAAUUACCUAAGCCUUAUCCCCGACAAGCCAAUGUAAGCCUUGCCCUCGAGCAAGCCACCCUAAGCCUUGUCCUCGACAAGCAAUGUUCCAAAGUGAAAGCUCGGGAUAUACUUUUGUACAGAGGUCGGUCACAAUUCUUCGUACACCUUGAGGUUACCACCCCCUCGCGAUUAGUCCUCAAGGUAAUUCAAUACUAA